AGAACCAGCCAGAUGGAAACCAGACCUCCAAUGAGCUCAGGCAAGCAAUUUACAUUUGAUUAUGAAAAUGAAAUCCAUAAACAAGAUUACUUCAUUAAGUCGCCGCCCCCUCAGCUUUUCUUCUCCGCAACAUCCUGGAAAAAGCGGCUUUUUAUCCUGUCCGGGAGUCGGGGGAAGGGCCUCAGUCUUUCCUAUUACAAAGACCAUCAGCAUCGAGGCUCCAUCGAAAUUGAUCGCAGCGCCACUGUAGAAGUUGGUAUAAAUAGCCAGGAAAAGAUGCAAUCUGUGCAGAAGAUGUUCAAAUGCCACCCGGAUGAGGUGAUGUCCAUCAGAACUGUGAACAGGGACUACUUCCUCAUUGGCCACAACAGGGAGAAGAUUAAAGACUGGGUCUCCUUCAUGACAUCAUUUUGCCGGGGUGUAAAAGCAACCCAUCAGAGUACAGAGGAGAAAACUUUCCAGGGGGACAGAAGGCCAGUUUCUGACCCCAGUCCUUUCUUUGGUCUUGGCAGUACAUCAGAGAUUAUCAGCCUUGCAUCACCAAGGGCCAGUCUUCCAGACGUGCAUUUAAUACAAAAAAGUCUCCGAAGAUUCAGGCAAUCUCACCCUUCCCAUGAGCAUGGUUUCCAGUCAGAACCCACUCAAGAUACAGAAGAAAAUUACUACUGCACUCCUCGAAGCAUUCUUUCAGAAUUAGAGAAUACUGCCAGUUCCAGUGAUUCUGCUAACUCCAUUGAAUCCAAUAAUCCAGACCAAGGUUCCGAGAAAGUGGAAAGCAAUUAUAUGUCAAUGCGAUCCUGCUUCCUCACGGAAUCAACCUCUGCAUCAGCCAGUUGCCAAGCCGAAUCCCAGAUUUCUCCGGAGACUCCGGAACAGGGGCCUCCCAAGGAAGAACAUGGCACCGGAAGUGAUCUAUGUCUUUCCCCUGCCGAUCCGGAAGCACAAACCACAGAUGACGAAAAGGGGUCCGCCUCACUAACUGUUGUGAAAUUGUCUAUAUUACUCAACAACAUCGCCGAUGAGAGCCAAGUGGAGACUGUGAACAUGUUCCUCUCCCCGCCGGAUGUCAUCAACUACCUUGCUCUGGUGGAAGCAGCAGGACAGAUAUGUGUGGCUCGGUGGGAAGGCCCUCCCCGACUAGGGUGCUUAUUCUGCCAUGGAGAUCAUGUCCUGGCGGUGAAUGACCUAAGGCCCCAAAGCCUGGAGGAGGUGUCCUUGUUUCUUACCCGGUGUAUCAGGAAGGAGAAAGUGAAACUCUCCAUCGGCCGGAUCCCAAAUUCAGACAAGUUCCAUACUUCUACCUGUGUGUGCUCCUUAAAACACCAAUUGGUCGAGUCUGUCCAACAGGAUUUGCCAGGACAGGAGAGGACACCAAAGAGGAGUCUGGCCUUCAGAAAGAACCAGAAGAAAGCUACUAGAGAGUAGGCUGCAGGCCCCU